AGACAGGCCUAUUUAUGAGCUCCCUGCUGGUUCUCUGAGCCCCAUUCUGACUUCUUUUUUCUGCAGGAAGGGGUUGGAGCCUUCAUUAUCCUCCCUGCAGUCCUCUUUCACUUUAUCAACAAGAAGCUCUGCUGUGAAGAGAGAGGUGGGCUCCCAUGCCUGGAACAACAAAGGUGAAGAAAACAGUGCAAAGAAAAGUCCAGAUCCCAUGAAAGCCUUGCUCCCUGAAUUAUAAGUGACACGCUGGCAAAGCUGAACAACUGAUCACCAGGCACUGGCAUAGUGUAAAACAUGGCUUCUGAGGCUGCUCAGAAUUUCCUCCAGCCACUCUCUUCUUGGAUGUCUCAAAUAUACGAAGCGAUCCAACAAGCAGGAGACUCCAUAUCUGCCUCGCUGCUGAAUUUGAGUGGAGUGGGUCGUAAGCCAGAAGAAGAGAGGACCCAGGACUUGGAGAAUAAUGGAGGUGUUUAUGAGGAUUAUUCUGAGGAAUCAGAUGAGGAACAAGACCUGGACCUUUGGGAUGAGGACUAUUUCUAUCCUAGAGAAGACAGUUGCAUUGGAGGCCCUGAUCUUGCUUCACAAAACCUCCCUCACGGCUCUGACACGGGUCCACAGAGGCAAAAAAGAAUUAAAAAUACCAGCACCUUGCCAGAGCAGUGUGUUGAAAGCAGCAGGACCUUGACAACCAAUGGAUCCUACUGGACAAGUGAAGACCUCCAGCCUCUUGAUCGGCUUCCUCCCAUCGCUGAGGAAGAAGGUGAGCCCUCUUUGAGGAUGGGAGGUCUUGAGCACAGCCUCAGCUUGGGUGGCUCCUUAAACAGUGCUAAUGGCACGGCACGCUGUGCAGAUCUGGAUGGACUAAGCCAACUGAGUUACCAAGACAACGUUUCCUGUCGUGAAGAUGACCACGUAUCUGUUGAUUCAAGAACAACAACCAGGAGAAAGGGCACUGGGCAGCACAAAGGGCCCAGGAUGGAGCCCAGAACUGGGGAUGGUGUCAGCCAGUCACACAGGGAAGGACGUCUGGAAAUGGAGACAGCAUUUGCCAGCCAGGGAUUGGAAGUAAAUGAUGCUACUGACAGCUCAUCGGCUUGGAGCCCUGAGGAGCACAACGAAGCGAGCAUCGCGCCAGCCCAUCACGGUGCCCAUGAGCCCAUCUGCAAAUGUGGGGACCUGGAUGUCAUCUUCACCUAUAAAUCCUCAAGCCAAAAGCUCAUAGCCACUGUCCUGGAGGCCAGGGACAUCCCAGACAAGGACCGCAGUGGCGUGAACACCUGGCAAGUGCACGCGGUUCUGAUGCCGGGCAAGAGACAGAGGGGUAAGACGAGUGUGCAGAGAGGACCCAUCCCCAUCUUCCAGGACAAAAUCACCUUCAGCAAGCUGGAAGCUCAGGAGCUGAGCAGCCAGGCCGUUCGCUUCCGCCUCUACGCCGUGCACAAGGUGGUUGGGGAGAAGAUGAUGGGGGAGCAGCUGUUCUACCUGAGCGGCAUCAGCCAGGAAGGGGAGGUGAAGGUGACGCUGCUCCUGGAGCCAAGGAGUAACCUGAGUAGUGCAGAUUCUCAGCUGAGUCUGUCAGCAAUCUCUCACAGUGAUAGCGCUUCCUCAACACAGUCCCUGUCACAUGGAGGGGUGCCAGAGCUGCUCGUGGGACUGUCAUACAAUGCCACUACAGGGAGACUGUCAGUGGAGAUGAUCAAAGGCAGUCAUUUCCGAAACCUUGCAAUUAAUAGACCACCUGAUACCUAUGGGAAGCUCUGCCUGCGCAACUCAGUGGGUCAGGAGAUGUCCCGCUGCAAGACCUCCAUCCGCCGGGGCCAGCCCAACCCCGUCUACAAGGAAACCUUCAUCUUCCAGGUUGCCCUGUUCCAGCUCUCAGACGUCACCCUGCUGAUCUCCAUCUACAACAGGCGCAGCAUGAAGCGCAAGGAGAUGAUCGGCUGGAUCUCCUUGGGCCAGAGCAGCAGCGGGGAGGAGGAGCAGAGCCACUGGCAGGAAAUGAGGGAGUCGCAGGGGACACAGGUCUGCAGGUGGCACACGCUGCUGGAGUCCUAGCGGGGACCAGGGCAGCCUGGGCCAAAGGGCUGGCUCCCCUGGCUGUCUGCCAGCAGGAAACAGCUCUGGCAGGGCACACAGCUUUAACCUGCCCGCUCAGUGCCAGCAGCCGCGGUUAUCAAGGCUUGGGAAGAGAGUUUAGCUCUUGCCUUUCCGGCUUGCCCUGCAUUUUCUACAUGCAGAUAAUUAACCCUAGUGAGAAGCAGUGGGAAUACCUGCAAAAUCCUUUCCUUGGUCACUGUCUUGCUCAUUUUUCCACAGGUUUAAUCACCACAGACUGAUUCUGAUGUGAUGCUGUUUUCUUCUGGAGUAAACUCUCUCUCUUCCCUCUCUCCCCUUAUUUAUAUUAAUGAAGUUUGUAAAUAUUCUUGCCACGCAGAUAGCUCACAGAAAAGCUAACCUGCAUGCAGAUCACAUCCUCUCCCUUUUAUUAUUGUGUUUCUAAGUCCUAGAAAUGAGCAUUUGAUACCACUGUAAACUGGAUGAUAUAUUUUUCAGGCAGCAUGAGAAAGCACUCUUGAAUUCUCUGUCAACUUUUAAGUGCCUAGACAUUACUACUGUUUUUCUGUACUAAAAAUUGAUAUAAGGACUAAAUACUACUGGUAUUUUUAAUUAGGCACCCUGUGCACUUGUUAGCCUGCAUUGACAUAGGUUUGCACAAGAGAUAACAAGCAUCAGUUUUAUAUUGCAUUAUACAAUGCAUGUUUAGAUGUUUACUUGAAGUUAUGGCUUCUGUCAUCACAAAUACCAAAAAAAGACCAGAACAAACUGCACAGCCACCUUUGUGCCUGAAUCACUCCUUUCUGCAUCGUUUUGCCCAUGUGUUAAUAUGACUUUUAGAAGUGAGGUUCAUUCAGAAAAGCAAUUCUGUGAGCAUUACAGGAGAGAGCUUCAGAUCCCUGGUGUUUCUGUGAUUCAGCAAAGCACUACUCAGUUUUCUGUGGGAUCUGCUGCAAAUCUCCUGUGCUAUCCUGUGAUAUCUCCUUGGGAUGUGGAGGGGGACUGGUUUUGGCAUGCUGAGCAGUAGAGGAUGCCAGACCAUGUCACCUAACCUCGGGAAGGAGCUCUCUUGCAGGCCAGGAAUGGGAUACAGAGGGGCUGCUGGCUCUGCUGAACUGGAGAAAAGAAUUGUUCUUCCUGCCUCCAGCUGAAAGCAAUGCAAGGAGCAGCCUUGCUGGAUGAGGUGAUGAUGCUGUCACGUGGUUACUUUUCAGACCACACUGUCCUUUUCCAUUUUAAUCUCUUUUCCUGUCUCUGUAAGCUGAAGUCAUGGAGAUGAUGGAUAGAGGAUGUGUCUCAGUCUGCUGCUUGGCUAAGUGGUUGUUGCAGUGCUGUGUGUGACACAAAGGAGGAUGUUCAUCCUCAGUGGAAUGCAGGCAGUGAGGUGCUGAGAUCUCCAAAUGCUAUCAGCUGCCCAAUCUCUCAUUCUCCACAGUCUCUAGGAGAGGACUGUCUUUUCUCCAUUCCUGCUGAUGACAGCAAGACACUGGAAAUAUUUUGCUGAAGAGCUUUGUUUGUACUGAAUCCCUUCAUGGUUUGGUUUUGCCAUUUACUGACACCUGGCACCAAAUUCUGCCUCCUCCUUCACCCACAGCCACUUCCUUCACUUCAAUGGUGCUGUGGAUAUCAAACUAAUGCAAACUUUGGCACUGGCUGUUUGACCAGAAUUGGUCCUUGGUGCUGGUUUUUUGUCACAUCCAGGCUAGACAGGCCCUGAGGGCAGUGCUGUGACACUCACAGGUUAUCACUGGUGUCACACAGAGGCUCUGUCUGUCCUCAGGAGGCAGACAGAAUAAUCUGCACUGAGAAGCACUGCUGGAACAGGUGAUACAAGUUAUUCUGCAGACCAUGCUCUUGUAUCUUCUUAUCACCUGUCUGAGCAUCACUUUUCCAGGGAGACUGGUGGUUAUCCUAUGCAGGAGGGUUCUCCUCCACUGUCUAGAUAAGCUGGCAUGUCUGCUUUGCACUACUGGGGUUUUAUAACACAAAGAAGGGUGUAACCCAAAUGCAGCUCAUCCAACAAAUAUAUUCUUGACUGCACUGCUAAAGCAAUGCAAGAAAAAGUGAACAUCUGAGUGGUAACCAGCAGAAUAGAAUUUCAUUUAUCAUACACUUUCUUCCUGGGGAAAAAUAAAAAAAAAAAAAUAGAGGAAACAGCCCAAUUCAAAAGGUACAUUUGCUGAUUCCAGUUGUUUUCCAAUGUCUCCAUCCUUUUUGUCCUGAACUGCAUAAAAUGUAUAUGCAAGUAUUUAUAAUUAAUUUUAUUACCUGGAAUGUAUGUGUGUGUAAUAAAUUUACUGAGAUUCUCUUCAGAACUUCUUGAACCUGCAAAGUCUUGCCUGUGUUUCAUGAUUAGCUAAGGAAAAAGUGUAAGUUCAUAAUACAAGUCAGCAGUGAACUGGAGAUAACCCAGUUUCAUAACAGCAUGAUUAAAAAAAAAGAACCUAAUGAAAAAGUUCAUUUUAAAAAGCAAUGAAGUACACUGGGUUUGGACUUCCAUGCUGUUUUCACAUUAAGAUCUUUUCUGAAGAUAUGGCAUUAAGGGAAUUGAAUUUUAGUAUAUAAUUUCAUUGUAGAGUUUUUGGAGUCAGAGAAAAGCAAGUGAAAAUGGCUUAUUUAGAGUAAGUUAAUAUCUAAGCAAGUGUUAAAACUUUGCUGUCCAAGGGAAGCAGGUUGCUACGUCCUUGCUGCCACAUUUUACCCUUCUUUUUUAUCAGAAAUUUUUGGAGGGAGGGAGUAAGGGCUGUGGCAGGGGGACCAUUGUGCCAAAACUCUUGGGACAUCCAUGCCUUGAGAAGUGUUUCUGUGGGGUUCUUUAUGUUCCUACCAAAGCAAUGGAGAAAUCUAGGAAUCUUGGGAUGAACGAGGUGCUGGGGGUACUUGUGCUUGCUAGCUAUAUUUUGGGAUUUUUAUUGCUUUUCUGGUUUAUUUUUCCUUCCAUUAUUGACUCUGUAAAAUGGAGGCUUUGCAGCAGCUCUGGCAUAUUCCAAAGCUCCUCUAACUCUUCCCAUUGACAGAGUGAAUUAGUCACUGCUAAUAUUGAUACAGGCUGGGCUUGUGCUCCUGGUCUUUCUUAUGUAAACACCACUGCCCUUUUAGUCACUGCUUCAACCUCUUGUUUCCUUUGGAAGUGGCUGGCAAGAAUGAUUUUCCAGGAAGUUUUCCAUUCCUUGGGAAUCCUGUCCUCACCUGACUUGCAGAGGGCUGGUAGACCUUGUGCUCCACUGGCCUUCUCCAUGGGGAUGCUGAUGGCCUCUGCUUCUGUGGGGGUCCAGGUGGGGAGAGAGCUGUGAGAGGGCCAUGGGGUUUCAAAGAGCAGGAUAGGAAUGGAUAACCUGGUUCCAGGGUGUUUGGGCACUUGCAGGUCUAGAUUAUGGAUGUUUCCUAAUGCACUCAUGUCUUCUAAGGUAAUUCAUUCCCUUUUGACACCACUGUUUGUAAUCCCUUUAUAGUUUAUUUUAAUUUUCUUUAAUUUUUUUUUUAAAGCCUGGAAAUGUAGAAAGAUAUUAACUGCAUUGGGCCAGAGUAUUAUGGGCAAGUGCCCUAGAUACAUCUCUGUAUCUUGAACAGCAUCGUUCAGUUGGUUGCAGUCUGUUUUUCCAUUGUUCUCCUCAGCCAGCAUGCCCCUGUCCUGCCAAGCUCUCUGCUGCUAUUUGAUUUUUUCUUUUUUAAUGUUUAUCGACAACAGAACAGAGUGAUCUCACCGUGUUUAUAUUCCCCAUAAUAAACGGCGAUCUUCAACUGAUGCCCACAGAAAUGAGUUCCUCUUUUAGCCCACUGAGCUGCAGCAAUUGCUCACUGAUGUGCCCAUUUGCAAAGGCUUUAUCUGGAUGAUCUUCUGCUUCCUUUGAUUUGUCUGGGUUUCCUUUUUACCGCUGUCUUUAAUUAGCUGGACCCUGCUGUGGCCUGCCCGUUCCUGUUGCUCUGCCUUGUCUGCCUUUCCCUUCAGGGGCAGUGUGGGUUGUGCAGCUCCCGGGGUACAUGGACAAUGCUUGGGUGUAUUUUUAGCAGCUGCAGAUCCCGAGGAGUUAUUUGGUGCUUUACACAGCCCACUGAUCUUCAGUCAUGGAUGUCGUUAGAAGUUCCUGGAUGCACAGAUCCAAAGGCUUCCAGCUGCUAUUGAUCAUUUUCCCAGCAUAAAGCUGAAGGUGGCAGCUUGGCAGAGGAGCAGGCAUUUCCUCUGGUGGCAGUUCAUUUUCCCCUUCAGCUGGAGCUGGCAGUGACCUUGGAGCUGGCGUGCCUGCAGAGCUUGCUUUCCGCUCCCAUAUUUAUCAUCAUUUUUAAUCUGUGUGAUCACAGCACUUCAUCUCUGCCUCUCAGCUGCCUUCUGCCCUUCAGCACGAAAAGUUGACUGAAAGGCUGAGCAGAGAAUAUGGCCUUCUCCAUCAUAUUAUCCCCUCCCAGAGGGGUCAGCUCAAAGUUGUGAUGCUCCUGACCAAGCCCUCGCCUCCCUGCUCUCUUGUCCACUUGUGGAGUUUAAAGUUGGUUGGUUGGGCUGUGACAUCUCAAUAUUUACAGAGUAGUGACACCCAUUCACCUCAAUGUGGACCAAGUUAAUGGCAGAAGAAACAACCUGUUCUGUAUUUGCUGUCUUCCUUGUCUCAUGGGCAUUGUGUUCUGCAAAAGGACAAGAGAGCCUGCAGGAAUUAGUAUGCAGGAACAUCCUCUUUCCAUUUAAAAUGUGCUAAGUGUGAUGUUUGCAGCUAUGGUUUGAGGGGAAGAAACAAAGCAGCCAGGGUUUGUAGAGGAGCUCACACUUUGAAUGAGGCAGGUUUUUCCCUCCAGCAUGUGAUACCCCAACAAAUACAUUCUCAUAUCCCAGGAAGCAGUGCUGGCUCUGAGCUCAUCUGCUUCUGUGAUACAAGCAGCCAGAAGCUGACAGAUCCUAAAGCUUGGAAAAGCAUCCAAGAUAAUUCCACAGAGCUGGUCUGGGUGUUUAUUUGGGAUCUGGUGAGGAUUUAACAAGCUGUCAUGCAAGAAAUGAAAACCCCAAGCAGUGGUGGGAAGGUGGUGGCGGGGGAGAGAGGCAGGAGGGGAAGGCUCUUGGUGUGCUCAUGCUGCUGUAGAGCUGGGAAUUUGCUCACUCCCUACUCCAGGAAUCAGCACAGCCGGGCUGCAGAGGCAUCAAGCCUGAGCUGAAAGCCAGUUUCUCUGCAUGACUCCCGAGCUCCAGAUCUGCUGAAGGCAUACAGCUUUUUUAUUCAGUGCAGAGUGAGCUUGUGUCUUCCUGCAGCCUACGCUGUGGGCCCUAAGAAAUGAAUGUGUAAAUAUUUUGUCUCUCACAGCAGCCCAAGGUCAUCUUUCUGGAACAGCAAACAGGCACAGAAUCCAAAGAAGAUCAGUCUGUCAUAUGAGUAAGGUUAGCAUCUGCACUUACAAAUGACAAAGGCUAUUAAUCCUCAUGCUGUAAUCCCCAAGCUGUUUGCCAGCUGGCAGCAGGAAGAUGCUCCUGCUCAACCCACACAGCUAUCCAUGUUUUUUCACCUUUAUAAAGAAGAUAUAGGUCAAUAUUGUAGCCUCAAUAAAAAAAACUUGGUAGGUGCCAUUCAUCUCUUUUGUCAUUACAAUCCCUCUCCACUCCACACAAACUCUCUAUACAAAUGAAGGGGUAAGAGGAGAGCUCUGGGCUGGGCUCUCCCUGUGCUGCUUCCUCAAAACAGAAGGCUGAAGGUGAGGGUUUUUUCCCCUCUCUUCUGCUCCUGAGUUUGUCCUGGGUGGAUGAAUUUUGAGUCCUCUCUGCAAAGCUGAACAAUCUCAGCAAAACUCUGUCACUAAACAGGUCUUUACACCCAGAGCAGGAAAAACCAAAUUCUUGCACAAGGAAGACAAAAUUCCCAUGAUAGGACUUUUUUUUGGUCUUAAUUUGGGAACCUGCAUAGGAUUUGGGUAUUGCCCAUGACAGGAUCAUAAAGCCCUGAAUCCUCUGAGGUAUCACUGAUGGAGCAGAAGGAAGGCUGCAGGUAGUGAUGCAGGUAGGCAGUCUGUGGUCUCACACACCAAAAGCUGUUCGGUCACUGGGUUUCCUCCAGUGAAUUUGAGGCAGCUGGGGUUGGAAGCAGUUGAGGAAGAAACACAAAAGCCAGACAGGAGCUAUGAAACUCCACUCAGAUCUGUUACUUGCUCAUCUCUCAAGGAAAUUGGAAAGCAAUAUUUAAAUUUUUUUAAAUUUUUUUUUUUGCUUUAACAGAAAUCACAGCUGCUUUGGCAGCUGCAGGUGUGAGGAGCUAAGGAUGUUUGCUCCUCACUUCUGUAUUUCCUCUGGCUGUAGUGGGGCACAUCAAACAGACACCAGAUACUCUGGAGAUGUUUGUCCCCUGUAGUGUCAUUCCCAGUGUGGGCUGAUAUUACUGAGAAACAAGAGACAAAAACCUGGUAUUGGCCAUAGGUGAGGAACAAGGAUUCCGGGUUCUCACAAAAGCAGAAUUCUUCCUGAGCCCCACAACCAUUAAUUAGCUGUGACCUCCAGAGAAGGCACUUAAUCCUGCCAAAUACUUCCCUUCCCCUUCAUUUCUCUUAGGGUAACAUUGCAAAUUUCUCUCUUCAUUAGCAACUAGGAUAAAAAUCAUAUAAUUUUGCCAGCUUUCCUCAUCCCUGUUGUGUCUUGUUAACACUUUCCAGGUGUUUUUCCUUCAUGCUGUCUCCAUCACUGCAUCGCUCAUCCUCUCAUUAAUAUCUACAGAGUUCUGGUCCAAGGCAGGUCAGUGCCUGGUAGCAAUAUUUGAUGUUCAUGGUGCUCAGGAUAAAACCUGUCCUCUGAUCCCUUGUCACUACGUGGCACCUCAAGCACAACUUUUCCAAUUUCUCUGGUACCACAUCUCUGCUGUACUCCUCUGCUGGCAUUGCUGUGGUUUGUGUCUUGCUGGGCUGUAUUCUCAGCUGUAACUUCAUUGACUUUUUUCCCAGCAGAGAGUUUUGUUUGUCAAGAAGAGUAAAUGAAGUAAUCAUUUGGUAGACUUAGCAUUUAAAUACUGCCUGACAUUUAUAUGUGUGUGUAUAUAUAAAAAUGUUUUUUAUGGCUGAGUGCCGCGGGACAUUUGCAUGAAGCACAUCUCAAUGUAUAUUUGACUGUUGAUUUAAAUAUAUGGUAUGUAAUAAGUUAUUUUUAGUGUGUAUUGACUUCUUUCUAUAUUGGAACAAUAUACCAUCUCUGGCAGGGCUUUGUUGUCUCUCUGUUGCAGGCACAGCUGGACACUGAGGUGUGUCCUUGUCCUGUUUCCUCCUUGUGCUCCAUGGGGUGGGAGUUGUUCACCUCAGGAGCUUUGUGGGUGGGCAGACAUCUCUCCUGCCACAGGAGAGUGUUGUGAGCCUCCUACUGCACCUCCCUCCUGGUGCUUGGCAGAAUAUUUAAUAUUUCUCCUUUCUCUGCUGUCAUCCCCUCAGCACAGAGAGCUGCUUGGUGCUCAGAGUGAUUCAGCCCCGUGGCUGAGGGAGCACCAGGAGCGAUGGAAAUCUCAGCUCCUCUUUCCCAGCCUGAGAUCACAGAACCACAGAAUGGUUUGGGUUGGAAAGGACCUUAAAGACUAUCCCAUCCCAACCCCCUGCCAUGUGCAACCUCCUACUAGACCAGUCCAACCUGGCCUUGAACACUUCCAGAGAUGAAUAUCCACAACUUCUAUGGUCAAGCACAAAAUUUAUCUAUUAAUUGUUUGGACAAAUUAAUAAAAAUGCCACAUCCCCAACUUUAGUUGGUGCAGAAGCAAGGCUUCCAGAGCUUGUAUUUAUUGUUGAAUUAUUUCUAUGGUAAAUAAAUCUGUAAAGGGGGAACUUUUCCUACUGUGAAGGUUAUAAGAAACAAACUCAUAUGUCCUAUUUGCUUUUGUAAAGCUCAAAGAUUUGCACUGUAAGUUGUACCUUGAAUAAUUGUACCUUGAAUCUAGUUACUGAAUGGUUGAUAUUGACUGGUGAGAGGCCACUGGGAUGGUGUGAGCAUUGUUUCACUUGCUGGGGAUGUGAUUGAAGGAGAUAUAUGGAGUGCAAAACUGUGAUAUAAAAGAUGAAAAAUACAAGGAAAAGAUGUUUGGAUAUUUAACUGGAAAACUGCUCUGGGUUUAUUCUUAGCUUUUCAUGUAGUUGACAAUGAAACAUUUUUUAUUCUACUUAAGUGCUAAUGUGCAUGAUCAUACAAUAUAUUGCCUCUUGCUAAUUAUAUGCUGUGUUAGGAAUACUAAUGUCUAGAUGAUAUCUGACUGGAAAAAAAAAUCAACAUUAAACCCAGCUUCUGCAGAAUUCUGGGCUGAAACUACCCCUGCACACACACAGCUGUCCACACCUUAGCCACAGUCUUAUUUUGUCAUGGAGAAUGCUGCUGUUACAGGUUUCAUCAAUAAAAUAGAAGCAGAUGGCUCAUGUAGACAUGCAAA